AAUUUUAUGACCGUCGAAAACCAAAAUUUAGAUAGGCCACCCAAAUCCAGGUGCAAAUCCCAACCUCCCUCCCUCCCAGGCCCCCUCCCCACCUCCACCUCCAGGCACCACUGGUCCCACCUCCUCACCUGCGAGGAUGCUGCUCGUGAGUCAGGCAGCGAACGGCUCCCUCUCCGCGCGGCGGCUGCCGUCGAAGCCGCCGGGGCCGUCCACCACCAACCCCUACCCGCUCUUCGCCAACCCUCGCCUCCUGCGCCGCCGCCUGGCGCUCUCCGGCGCUGGCGCCGACCAAGCCCCGCGCCGCGCCGCGCCGACCCCAGCCGCCGCGGGCGAGGGCCCCUCCGCCUCCUCCACCGAGGACCCGGUCCUUGUCCGCGUCGCCGACGACGGCGUGCCGCUCGAGGGCGUCAUCCAGAUUGAGAAGCCCGGGGAUGCGGCCGCCGAGUCCAAGCUCGUCUCCUACGCGAAGCUGGGUCUUCUGGCCGGCGGGGACGUGUUCUGCCUUCUGCUGUUCUCUGCGAUUGGAAGGUUCAGCCAUGGCCUGCCCGUCCUCGACGCCGAGACGUUCAAGACGGCCGACCCCUUCAUUGCUGGGUGGCUGCUGAGCGCCUACCUUCUUGGCGGAUUUGGCGAUGAUGCCAAAGGGCGCAAUGGCGUCGGAAGCGCGGUUAUCACCGCAGCUAAAUCAUGGGCUGUUGGGAUACCGUUGGGACUUGCUAUCCGAGCAGUGACGUCUGGUCAUCUUCCACCAACUCCUUUUAUCUUGGUAACCAUGGGAAGUACAGGGGUCUUGUUAACUGCAUGGCGUGCUUUGGUAUCACAACUGUUUUCCAACCAGCAAAAGCAGCAGGAUGAUGUCUACCGGCGUGGAAGUCCUUUUGAGCUUUUUGAGCUACUCACAUCGCUGGUGCGGAGGUGGUGACAUCUGAAGGCUGAAGCCUAUAGAAGGUAAGAAGGGCAUUGUUCCGCUCUGGUAUCCGCAAUCAUCAGGUUCAGCCAUCUGUGUCUAUUGUGUAAGUACAAUUUUGAAGGUGAAGAAGAGCAGGCUAAAACCUAGUUUGGAGCAUUUGCCGAACCCAAAAAAAAUGUUUGGCAAUAACACGCCCGCGAUGUUGGUUUAGUAUAUUAUAUUAUAUUCAUAAGAUGUACUCAUAUUCCUGAUCUUCCACUUGUAAAAUUGUAUCCAGCUUAACAAAUCCUAAUCGAUAAGACCGUUGCCUCUUGUUC